AUGGGCAGCGCGUACCACUGGGAGGCCCGUCGCCGGCAGAUGGCUUUGGACCGGAGGAGGUGGCUGACCACCCAGCAGCAGCAGCAGCAGCAGCAAGAGCAGCCGCCGCCGCAGCCUCAGCCAAAGCCACAAAAUGCCCAAGACCCUCUUACUCAGCGCACCUCCCGGUACGUUCUCCAGGAUUCCCAAAGGCCAGGCGCCCACAGGGACAGAUUCCAAGGAGGGGUGAUGAACCCUCAAGGUGCAGUCAACGAAUUACAUCCAGCAGUGGUGAUGCAGAGACAGACCCCCAAGACCCCUGGCCAUCAGCAAACAUCAGAUGAGCAGCCCCAUCUUCUUACCUCCCAGCAACACCUCCACUUCAAAAGCCAAGCCCUCCGGAUCCACUCUGGCAGGGGAGGCUAG